AUGGCUCAGCUUCUCCUUCAGCAAGGCAAGGUCCCUGAGGCCCUUGAGUACUUUGAGAAGGCCGCCGAGCUCUCACGCACCGAGGCCGAGAUUGUCAAUGCCCUCUCAUACGCCGAGGCCACCCGCACACAGCUCGAAGUCCAGGAGAAGUAUCCCCAGCUCGCCAGCAGACUGCAGGGCAUGCCUACUUCGGCCGCCAUGCGAUAG